UAAAAAGACAGGUACGAAAGUUUUGUAACACAUUUCGAUACGGAUCGUGCAUGACAUGCAUGAUGUAACUUUAUCGAAAUUUCUGAGGACAGUUCUUUAUGACAGCAUCAGGCCUCCCAGCCUCAUCACCAUAAACUUUCAACAGAAUAUAUCGACAGAAAAGACUCGAUAAUGUCUACAUCACUGAUUCUGGUUGGCCUUGGAUUGGCUGGGGCUGCGUAUGUGGGCCGUCUUGCUAUGCAAACUGGACGCUUAGUUCAACAGAAUGCUCAUAAGAUUCCAAAACCGACAUUUAGCAGUUACUACAAAGGCGGCUUUGAUCCCAAGAUGUCCAAGAGAGAAGCCAGCCUCAUCUUGGGUGUCAGCCCAUCCGCAUCCAAAGUGAAAGUCCGAGAAGCUCACCGGAGGAUAAUGCUGUUAAACCACCCAGACCGAGGAGGCUCCCCAUAUUUAGCAACAAAGAUCAAUGAAGCCAAAGAUUAUCUGGAAGGACAGUCCAAGAAGUAAAAAAAAAUGAACUCAUUGACCUUUACAUGAACAUUUGCAUUGUCAAAUUGGAACAUUGAAAGUUCUAAUCUUGUUAAGUGCAGCCAGAGUUGAGUGCCUUUGAAUAUCAAUGCACGCAGCCAAGGGAACUAUGACGACUCUGAAUGAAAUUAUGAAUAUCCUCAAAAUGCGGAUUCAAUCCACUUGUGAAUAAGUGGCAGACAGGCUUUUGAGUGCCAUCUAUGCAUUUCUACAUGUGUUCUCAAUAGUAAAGUGACCCAAGGCAUCAAGUUCACUUAACCGAGAGUUCUGUAAAAUCACAUCAGAGUAUAAUGUGCAUCAAAAAAUAUGGUGACCGUAAUAGGUUACAUGUACACAGCAAAAAGCAUGCGCACUUCACAGGCAGAAUUUGUUAAAGUGACACCACAGCGGAGUUCUCCAUUCGUCUGCCAGCCUACCACACGUCUACCCUUUUACUGUUAGGUCUAAAGUUAGCAUUUUUCUGCUAACCAUCGUAAACAGUGCUCAUCCCCUCUGAACAAGUGCAAGUGAGAAUUGAUUUACCAUUGGUCAAAGUCUGUGUGUCAAGCGGGCUUCCAUAGUUAUGGCUAUGUCCAUUGUCGGCUUGUUCCAUGUACAUGUAGUUGUAAUCUGUCAAGACCUAUACAAUGGCUCUAGACUUGAGAUGUGUCUAAAGUUACAGUGUUGUCAAGCAGUGUUGAAACACUGCUUGACUCGGUGGACUGCAAAAAGUACCCCCCUCAGUGGUUACAAAGAGGGAGGUAAGAGACUACUUGAAUGGUCACUCACACAGACACAACUGGUUUGUGCACAUUUGGAUAAUUCCCACGUACUUCAUGGCAUGUGCAUAUUGGUUCUAGUGUAUAGUGUGCCCCUCCCACUGCAGCUUUAGAGAGUGGUAUUAAAGUGCAUGCCAUUUACUCUUAGUGUACGGAGUCCAUAUGCUGCAACUAUGGUGAGAUGCAACACUGAGAUGCUGUCACUUUCACUGUCAUCUGGCACUGUACGAGACUCACCACACAAUCAAGAGCUUACUACAACGUGGUGAAGUGGUGCGCCAAGACCCUCCCAAUAAAGUUAACGUUUGGUUUUCUUUGAAA